CCAAUGAUCAGAUCACUUGGUGCUUAGUUGAGUUGGAAUUUGGGUAAAAUGCUGAAAGUUGCAUUUAUUCUAUCUCUAACAAUCUGUUUGGCGUUUGCCAAACACGAACAGUAUACUGGCCAUGUACUCUACGAAGUCAAAGUGUCAGAUGGACAGCAAGCGCAAACAGUACACGCACUGGAAAAUGUAAUUGGUAUAGACAUGUGGUCGUAUGCGACACCAGCCAGGCCUGGACUUGUGUUGGUCGCUGGCUCCAUGCGGGAUUACUUCCAAAAGCAAGUGACCGAAGCCGGUGCAACUUUCAAAAUUGAAGUCGAGAAUGUUGUUGAGAUGCUGGAGAAGGAAGACGAACUCUUAUCAGCCGCAGUAGCCCUCACCAAUGGAACUGACGGCCGCCUCUCCUUUAACGUCAUCCACCGUUACGCAGCGGUUGAUGCUUAUCUUACUAACUUGGCUCGUCAAUACUCCACCGUAUCAGUUGUUUCUGGAGGAAGAAGUUUUGAAGGACGCGACAUUAAAUACUUGAGAAUAUCAACAACCAACUUCCAGAACAAUAGGAAACCUGUUAUUGUGCUUCAAUCUUUAUUACAUGCACGUGAAUGGGUGACUUUACCAGCAGCUUUGUAUGCUAUCCGAAAAUUGGUUGUCGACAUCACUGACAGAGAUUUAGUUGACAACAUUGACUGGAUCAUUUUACCCAUCGCCAAUCCUGAUGGUUAUGAAUUCAGCCACACCAACACUCGUUUCUGGAGGAAAAACCGUUCCACCGGCCACAUGAUCGGAAACAUUUGCCUCGGAGUUGACUUAAACCGCAACUUCGACUACAGAUGGGGUACUUUGUCUAGCAACUCGCCUUGUUCCGACACUUACCAUGGCAAAGGUCCAUUCUCUGAACCUGAAACUGUUGUCCUUCGGAAUAUUAUCCAGGGACUCAGGAACCGUAUUGAACUAUUCAUCGAUAUCCACAGCUUCGGCAGUAUGAUCUUGUACGCUUAUGGUACUGGUGAUUUGCCCGCUAAUGCAUUAACUCUUAACGUAGCAGGUGUAAGAAUGGCACAGGCUAUUGAUGCUGUUAAAUGGUCUUCCAAACCUAACUACCGAGUAGGAAACUCGGCUCUAGUACUCUCAUACAGGGAUUCAGGAAGUGCUAACGAUUACGUUCAAGCAGUUGGUGUACCUCUAGCAUACACUUAUGAACUACCGGCUCGUGCCAAUUCAGGUGGUUUAAAUGGUUUCCUGGUUGACCCUGCCUUCAUUGAGCAAGCCGGAAGGGAAACCUGGGAAGGUAUUAAGGCAGGUGCUAGAUUCGUCCUGCAGCAUUCCAGAAGCAACAAACAAUAAUGAACUGAUACUUGACUUUAUUAAAUUAUU